ACGCGCCUGCGCAGACCCUGAAAAGCAGCCAGGGUGACCCAGCGUUUUCCUUUUCCGGUUGCGGCGCCGCGCGGUGAGGAGCUCUUGUGAACACCCGCAGCUAUGCCGUCCAAGGGCCCUCUGCAGUCGGUGCAGGUCUUCGGACGCAAGAAGACGGCCACGGCCGUGGCGCACUGCAAACGAGGUAACGGCCUCAUUAAGGUGAACGGGCGACCCCUGGAGAUGAUCGAACCUCGCACGCUGCAGUACAAGCUACUGGAACCUGUUCUGCUUCUGGGCAAAGAGCGAUUUGCUGGUGUUGACAUCCGUGUCCGAGUGAAGGGUGGUGGUCACGUAGCUCAGAUUUACGCAAUCCGCCAGUCCAUCUCCAAAGCCUUGGUGGCCUAUUACCAGAAAUACGUGGAUGAAGCUUCCAAGAAGGAGAUCAAAGACAUCCUCAUCCAGUAUGACCGGACGCUGCUGGUAGCUGAUCCCCGUCGCUGCGAAUCCAAAAAGUUUGGAGGUCCUGGUGCCCGUGCUCGCUACCAGAAAUCCUACCGAUAAGCCCAUCGUAAAGAUCAGGGUUCACCUUUAUAAUAAAAAUGUUAUGGGGUUUAAGGUUUCAA